AUGACAGAUAACUAUGAUGAUCAUGUUACCACUGAACCAAACUCCAACAUUAUGACAAUGGACACACCAGAGAACUAUGAAGUCAUCACUGCUGAACAGGAUGUAGGAGAGGUAAAAGACUAUGAUGAUGUGGAGGAGGAGCCUCAGACAGAGCCGAAUCAUAUGACUGAGAGACCACGGCCAGUGUCUUUCCUCAACAGUGUGAGGUUAGUGGAUGGUGGGAGACGCUGUACUGGGAGAGUGGAGGUGUUUCAUGAUGAUCAGUGGGGAACACUGUGUGAUGAUUUCUGGGAUAUGAGUGAUGCUGCAGUGGUGUGUAGAGAGCUGGGCUGUGGAGAGGCUGUAGAUGCAGUGACUGAUGCUCACUUUGGACCAGGAUCAGGACCAGUCUGGAUGAAUUACAUGCACUGUAGUGGAUCAGAGUCUUCACUGAAGAAUUGUAAGUUUAAUUCAGCUCACAGCUCCAUCAGGCUGGCUGGUUCUGGGGGAGACUGUGCAGGAAGGCUGGAGGUUUUCCACAGCGGCUCAUGGGGGACAGUGAGUGAUGACUUGUGGGAUAUUAAGGAUGCGCAGGUGGUGUGCAGACAGCUGCAAUGUGGAGUGGCCCUCAGUGCUCCAGUACCAGCCCGGUUUGGACCUGGAACUGGACCCAUCUGGCUGAAUGAGGUGGAGUGUGAGGGGAACAAGGCGUCCCUGUGGAACUGUAGAUUUCAGCUGUGUGGAGAGGAUCAAUGUGGACACAAAGACGACGUAGGAGUCGUGUGCUCAGAGUUUAAAGAGUUCAGACUCACUGAGGGCUGUGAGGGGAAUCUGGAAGUGUUCUACAAUGGAACCUGGGGUAAUGUGUGUGUAAAUGGGAUGGAUGAAGAGACAAUAAGUCUCAUCUGUCAGGAGCUGAACUGUGGAAGAUCUGGCAGUGAGGGAGCUACCAACGCAAGAGUGGAAUCAGCUCCUAACUGGCUGGAUGAUCUGAAAUGUAGGAGUCAUGACUCCACUCUAUGGCAUUGUCCAUCUUCCUCCUGGGGACAGAACACAUGUGAUAACCAAAAAGAGGUGGCUCAGAUUACCUGCUCAGAUCACCUGCCUCUCAGACUGAUGGGAGGAAAUGGAAGCUGCUCUGGGAGGCUGGAGGUGUAUCAUAAUAAGACAUGGGGCUCCAUCUGUGCUGAUCUGUGGGACAUCAGGGAUGCUCAGGUGGUCUGCAGGCAGCUGGGCUGUGGGUCGGCGCUGAGUGCUGAUGGGAGUGCUGUCUUUGGUGCUGGUGAAGGGCCUAUCUGGCUGAACAGAGUGAAGUGUAGAGGGAAUGAGAUUCACCUGUGGGACUGUUCUCAUUCCCUGAAGAACCACACUGACUGCUCCCACAGUCAGGAUGCUGGAGUCACCUGUGCAGACAUAUCUGUGCCUUCUACUACUGCACCCAUAACAGCAACCACCACCUCUACCACCACAGAUUGUUGA